AACAGUGCAAGAAGUUUCUAGGAGAAAACACUAAGCCCAAUUAUGGUUGUCAAGUUACAAUUCAGUCUGAACAAGAAAAGCUGUUAAUGAAGCAGUAUCGUCGGGAAGAAAAGCGAAAUGCCAGGAAAGAAAAACAAGCUGGGGAAGAUGGAGAAGUUUCUGGGGAAGGAUUAAUGUGCUUUGAUCCCAAAGAGCUGCGAAUGCAAAGGGAACUAGCACUUUUGAAUGCUCGAAGUCUGCCAGUCCUAAGCAGACAAAGAGAGAUGGACUUUGAAAAAAUUCAUUAUCCACACGUUUAUGAUUCCCGAGCUGAAGCUAUGAAAACCUCAGCGUUCAUUGGGGGUGCAAAGGUGUUCUUACCAGAGGCAGUUCAGAGAGAAAACAAUAAAAUGUAUGAAGAGGUAAAGAUCCCCCAUAGUGAACCAAUGCCUAUUGGUAUUGAAGAGAAAAUUGUUUACAUUAAAGACUUAGAUGAGAUUGGACAACUUGCUUUUAAAGGCAUGAAAAGACUAAACCGAAUCCAGUCUAUAGUUUUUGAGACUGCCUACAACACGAAUGAGAACAUGCUAAUCUGUGCCCCCACUGGAGCUGGGAAGACAAACAUUGCCAUGCUGACAGUCCUUCAUGAAAUUCGCCAGCAUGUCCAGCAUGGUGUCAUCAAAAAGGAUGAGUUUAAGAUUGUGUAUGUGGCUCCUAUGAAGGCGUUGGCAGCUGAAAUGACAAAUUACUUCAGCAAGCGUCUGGAACCACUAGGCAUUACUGUGAAAGAGUUGACUGGUGACAUGCAACUGUCAAAGGGUGAAAUUCUGCGGACACAG